UAUUGAUUAUCAAUAUUUAAUCUAUCACCACAGAAUAGAAAAAUACUGUCAAACUCGUUAUUCGAAGCACCCUUUUUUGAGGUUAACUUUUCUAUCCACGAUUCUUGUAAUUGAAUUUGUUUAUUGUGAAAAAAUUCGAGAUAUAAUGAGUUAUUCAAAAUUUGAUUUAACUUUUAAAAUAGGUCAAUAUUUAGACCGCCACCUUGUGUUUCCUUUGUUGGAGUUUUUAGCAGCAAAAGAGACCUAUGACCAGUCAGAACUUCUGCAAGCAAAACUGGAAAUUUUAAGCAAAACUAAUAUGAUCGAUUAUGUUAUUGAUAUUCGUGGAAUGCUGUACCCUGAUGAAGAUACUCCUGAGGAAAUUAAGUCACGCAGAGGAGUAGUUCUGUCCCAACUUCAAGUGUUACAAGAUGCUGUAGAGCCAGUACUAAGGUUAAUGCAAAGAGAUGAUGUCAUGAAAACUGUAGAAACUAUGAGAGAUCCUAAAACUCUCAUUAAUUACUUGACAACUAAUAAGGAAUUUGAGUUUAAAAUUGAAAUGAUAGACAGUAUGUAUUGUCUAGCCAAAUAUAGAUAUGAGUGUGGUAACUAUGUUGAGUCAGCAUCUUAUUUAUAUUUCUGCCAGUUGGUAAUGUCGCCCACAGAUAAGAAUUACCUGUCUGUGCUCUGGGGUAAGUUGGCCAGUGAGAUCCUAGUACAAAACUGGGAUGGAGCCCUCGACGACUUAACCAAAUUAAGGGAGUUCAUUGACAACGGUGCAGCUGGAGCUACGGCGAAUAAUAUGCAAGCUUUACAGCAAAGAACGUGGCUGGUCCACUGGUCGCUGUUUGUGUUCUUCAACCACGUUAAGGGUCGUGACCUCAUAAUUGAAAUGUUUUUGUAUAAACCUUUGUACCUAAACGCAAUUCAAACAAUGUGCCCACACAUCCUACGCUAUCUGGCAACUGCUGUAAUCAUUAACAGAUCAAGGAGAAAUGCUCUUAAAGAUCUUGUGAAAGUCAUCCAGCAGGAAGCUUAUACCUACAGAGAUCCCAUCACAGAGUUUAUAGAACAUCUUUAUGUAAACUUUGAUUUUGAGGCAGCACGAAGGAAAUUAAAUCAGUGCCAAGCAGUACUUUUGACCGAUUUCUUUCUUAUCGCCUGUUUAGAGGAGUUUGUUGAAAAUGCCCGCCUCAUGAUAUUCGAAACGUUUUGCCGGAUACACCAGGUCAUCAGUAUUGGAAUGUUAGCAGAAAACCUGAACAUGCAACCAGAAGAGGCGGAAUGUUGGAUUGUAAAUUUGAUUCGUAAUGCACGACUGGAUGCCAAGAUUGAUUCGAAAUUGGGCCACGUGGUGAUGGGUGCGCAGCCUCUCUCUCCUUAUCAACAGUUGGUCGAGAGGAUCGACUCUCUUGCUGUACGGUCCGAGGCUCUCACCUCAUUGGUAGAACGUAAACAUAAAGCGCGCAAUCAAGAUAUCCGUUGGGGAGCUCAAGAAUUCUGAGUAAUAUUAGUAAUUUAAAAUUUGUUAACUUUCGCCAAUACAAGAGUAAUUGUCUACCUAUUUUGUACAAUUAAAUGAAAAAAACUAAUAUUAAAUUUCAAAAUACAUUUAAA